AUGUGUAAAAUGAUGAAAGUACUGUUCGUUGGAUGCGGGAUAAGGAAAGGGAAAAGUGCUUCAGGAUGGAAUGGACAGAUGGAUCGACUUGGCGUAAUAAUGAGAAGUGAACAUCUGAAAUGUGUCAAUGUGGCUGAGAGCGCCAAGCGACGCAAAGAAGGAAUUCCAGCAAUUGCCAGCGUAAAGACAGAGCUGGCAGGGAACGGUGACUGCCACAAGUUGACGAAUUUUUCUUUUUGA